AUGUCGGUCAAAAUCAUUUUUAAUCCAUUGAACGGGUGGGUCGACAGUUCUCAUUGCGUGCUGCGUGCUGGCAAAGUGCAGGAAUUCGGGGUCAGUGCUGGAAAAGUGCAGGAAUUCGGGGUCAGUGCUGGAAAAGUGCAGGAAUUCGGGGUCAGUGCUGGCAAAGUGCAGGAAUUCGGGGUUAGUGCUGGAAAAGUGCAGGAAUUCGGGGUCAGUGCUGGGAAAGUGCAGGAAUUCGGGGUCAGUGCUGGCAAAGUGCAGGAAUUCGGGGUCAGUGCUGGCAAAGUGCAGGAAUUCGGGGUCAGUGCUGGAAAAGUGCAGGAAUUCGUGGUCAGUGCUGGCAAAGUGCAGGAAUUCGUGGUCAGUGCUGGAAAAGUGCAGGAAUUCGUGGUCAGUGCUGGCAAAGUGCAGGAAUUCGGGGUCAGUGCUGGAAAAGUGCAGGAAUUCGCGGUCAGUGCCGGAAAAGUGCCGGAAUUCGGGGUCAAUACUGGAAAAGUGCAGGAAUUCGCGGUCAGUGCUGGAAAGUAG